UGCCAGAGCUCCAGGAGCCUUUGGCCAGCGCUGCCAGGGAUGCCCAGGCUGGGAUUUUGGGCUCUGGGCAGGGCAGGGUGGCACUGGGGGAUCCCUGUGGGUUUAUUCCCACCCAGGAAUUCCAUGGUUCCCUCUCUCCUGUGCUGCUCUGGCUGCACAACUCCCAUGCCAGGAGCUGCGGUGCCCCCUCAGCACCUCCCACCUGGGCACCUGCAGCGGGCACGGCUCUGCUGCCCUCCCUCCCUCCCUUCCUCCUUCCCUCCCUCCUCCUCCUCCUCCCAGCCCGGCUUUUCCCCGCUCGCCUCUGCCAGGACGGGACAGUGACAGCCGGGCUGGUGGCCCUGCAGCAGCCGGAGCCAGCUCAGCCCCACACCCAUCCCCAGGGCUGGCAUCUCCAUCUCCACGAGGGGCUGGAGCCCCGCAGGUGUGUCCGGGCAGCCCGGGAUGGGAGCGGGGCUGCUGGAAAAAUGGGAAUGUCCAGGAGCCCGGGAGCUCAGCAGAGCUGAACCGAUGGAGGAGCAGAGCUGCCGGGGUUUGUUCGUCGUUCCAGCCGUGCCGGUGUUUGCUCCCCGGGGCUGGGAGCAGCCCCCAGGCUGCUGCAGCCCGGGAUUCGCCGGGAUGGGCCUGGAGCUUGUACCAGUUGUCCUUGGUCAAGCUGGAAAAGGAUUGCUCUGUCUCUCUGCCCUAUGAAGAGAACUUGCUAACACCCAAUAUGAAGCUCAGAGCUACACACUAAAGCAGCACAGAAUCUGAAAAAUAGAAAAGCUGAAACUCAAGGCAUCACACCCAGGCUCCCAGAGCCAAAGGAAGGAAGAAGCACCAAGGACAGAAAAUCCAGAUGUUGGUGCUGUCGAACACAACGGCCCUGAACCUGCUCCUCUCCAAACUGCUCCAGGAGUGCCCGGAACAGACCAACAGCUCAGCUCCUUCCCAGGAGAGCAGCGCCAGCGACAGCCUGGCCAUCAUCUACGUGCUGCUCAUGCUGGGGCUCUUUGGGUUCUUCACCGUGGGGGUGAUGGUGACCAACCUGCGGGCGCGGCGCCUCGAGGGGCCCCGCGACCCCUACAACACCUACAUCGCCACGGACGCCUGGCACAAGAAGGACAGGGAGUACCUCCAGGCCAAGCUCAUCGAGAGUUACAAGCUCUGCUGUGUCCUGGAGAACCAGCUGGCCGUGGAGCAGCCGGGCAUGAAGAUCCCUGAGGAGAAAUCUUCCUAGGGAGAAGCGGGGGAGGAUGGUGCGCGGCACGGGGACGGUGUGAGCGGUGCCUGCUGUGGGCCGGGGGAGCUGCUGGCUCUUCUGCAGAGCCACAGGGCCUGGCCAGGCUGGAGGAGCAGUGCUGGUGAAGCUGAUGGAUCUGGGAGAUGCCAGUGCUGCCCCAGUGCCCAGCACCGGCGUCGUGUGGGAAUCGCCGUGAGGGAACGUCGGGAUUCACGCGGAACGCCGCGGACUCAUCAGCUUCACCUCCUGACCCAAGCCUCAGGCUGGGGGGGAUUUUGGGGAUAAAUCUGCCCUGGCAGAGUGGGCAGGCCCUGGCACAGGGUGCCCAGGGCAGCUGUGGCUGCCCCUGGAUCCCUGGCAGUGCCCAAGGUUGGGCAUUGGGGCUGGAGCAGCCUGGGACAGUGGGAGGUGUCCCUGCCCAGGGAAUGGGAUGAGUUUGAUCUCCCUUCCAACCCAACCGGUUCUGGGAUUCUCUGGCUCUCUACAAAGGCAAAUCUUAGUGUUGCUGGUGUGAAAUUAGAGCCUAAUUAGGACUCAUUAGAACCAAAUACAGGGCAGAGGUGUUAAUUGCCAAGCAUGGCUUAGACAAUCGUAUUCCAGAAUGACCAAAUUCUCCCAGGAAAUAGAAGCUGAAAGAUUUUAUUUGAAUUUUUGUCCAGCUUAGAAUAAUGAUUUUAUAAAUAGUGCAGUGUUGUGCUAACCUGUUUCCUUCAGAAUCAUGCACCUCUUAGUGAUAAAAUAUUAGGAAAAGAUUCCCAAUUUUUUGUCUGAAAAAUAUUUCCGUGGGAGAAUGCAGACUUUGAAGGGAAACUUUAGUGACUGGGAUAGGUGUGGCACUUGGGGACAUGGUUAGUGCUGGGUUAGGGGCUGGACUCAAAGAUCUUGGAGGGCUUUUCCAACAUCAAUUCUGAUUCCUAGCAGGUCUCCCUGGGGGCCAGUCAAUUGAAUUUCCUUCCCAUGGAUGGGGUUUGAUCCUGGCAACAAAAUCCAUGUGCAAAGACUGGGUGUGUGCCAUGGAUGUGGGGAACAUUCCCCAAUUUCAAUCCCAAUUAAUUAUUGCACGAGCCCCGAGUACCAGCCCCUGGCUGGGAAGGGAAUUUCCACUGUGGGAAGAGCAAUUCCAUCAUUUCUGCUGUAGAAUCACCCAGAGGUGCUGUCUGUGCUUAGCUCAGAUUCCGUGAGCAGCUCCCAGGCGUCCAUCCAAGGAUCCAACACAAAAUCCAGGAAGGUUUUCCUGCCCUUCCCUCCUUUUCCCUCCUCCACCUGCCUGUGAAAGGAGAAAUCCAUCUCCCCUGGACAUUGUGUUCCCUAAAAGAACAGCUUUGCCAGCUUGGAGCUGGUUUGGGGAGAAGGAAGCAACACUCUGGGCAGGAGUGGGGAUUUUAUUUCUGCCCUGCAGACACAAAUCCCAUUUUUAGCUGCUGGAGAGGGAAGAGACUGGGGGAGGCUGGGGAGAGGAGCAGAGCAGCUGCUUCCAAGGCAAGGUGAGGGCAGAGAGCUUGGAGAGGGAAGCAAUCCCAGCAGAGCCCUUUUCCAGGCACUUCUUUAGCACUGCACUUCCAUCUGAGCAAUAUUCCAGCCGUGUCUGUGUUCCCAGAGCACUCAGGACACUCAAAACACAGGGCUGUUUUUUUAAGAUUAUAUUUAUACAGUGCCUUCCAUUAAGCUGAGGACAAGAUCCAUAUUUUUGGUGUCUGGAGCAGCUUGGGAAAUCUCCAGCAACUUAAUUAUCCCAGUCACUUUUUCCUCUGGGGGAAUGAAAACCCAAGCCCAGCUCUGAAAAAAUGUUGAUUUCUCAGCUUGGGCGCUGCUCUUUUGGGAUCUCACUGUUUAGGACUUGCCCUGGGAGAGGAUUUGCAGAAACAGGCCCCUGGACUUGGCUUAAACUUGCACCAAAAAUUGCUUUUAAUGACAUUAAACUCUUUAAUUUAACAGUUAAAACAUUUAAUGGCAUUAAACCCUGGGAGUGAAGCUCAUCCCCAGGGCUCCCUCCUCAGCUCUCUCUCCACCUCAGGUAUUUUCAGGGAUUUUGGGUCAUUUUAUUUUCAUAGCUCCAUGGGGGUUAUUUGUGAGGAGGGUGAUGCUCAGCAUUAAUUGCACCCCUUUUUUUUUUCCUUUUAGCAGCUCUGCCUUUUUUUUUAACUGAAAUUUAAAAAAAGUGAGGAGCUUUGCUGUGCCACCCUCACCCCUGGGUGAGUGCCUGUGGUGGCUUCCCACCUUUCAGUCUUGGAGUUCUCUUCCACCCCCCUGG